AAGUGGGCAAAACAUCGGCGGCUGCGUUCAGUUCUAGUGGAACCACCGUUUGGCGAACACGCGAUCCCCCCGUUGUUCCCCAACUUGAUCCGAUCUGUUCUGAUCCUCCCGAGCCACAAAAUCUACACAUCCACGAUGUCCCUUGUGCGUUUAAUUGGAGCUGAGGCUCGGCAGAUGGCCAAGCGCUCCUACUCCUCGGCCGCUCCCACCACCAAGCUCUUCAUCGACGGCAAGUUCGUGGAGUCGAAGACCAGCGAGUGGAUCGAUGUACACGACCCGGCCACCAACAAGGUGGUUACCCGCGUGCCGAAGGCCACCAAGGAUGAGAUGCAGACCGCGUUGGAGUCGAACAAGAAGGCGUUCCGCUCGUGGAGCAACCAGUCGAUCCUCACCCGCCAGCAGGUGAUGUUCAAGCUCCAGGCCCUGAUCAAGGCCAACAUGGGUGAGCUGGCCAAGAACAUCACCAAGGAGCAGGGCAAGACCCUGGCCGAUGCCGAGGGCGAUGUCCUCCGUGGCCUUCAGGUGGUGGAGCACUGCUGCAGUAUUCCCUCCCUGCAGAUGGGCGAGACGGUGGCCAAUGUGGCUCGCGACAUGGACACCUAUUCUCUGGUAUUGCCUCUCGGUGUUACCGCUGGAGUGGCUCCCUUCAACUUCCCGGCCAUGAUCCCGCUGUGGAUGUUCCCGGUGGCCAUCACCACCGGCAACACCAUGCUGCUGAAGCCCUCGGAGCGUGUUCCCGGCGCCACUAUGCUGCUGAUGGAGCUCCUGAACGAGGCUGGCUGCCCGCCCGGUGUCGUCAAUGUCAUCCAUGGCCAGCACGAUGCCGUAAACUUCAUCUGCGAUGCUCCCGAGAUCAAGGCCGUGUCCUUUGUGGGCUCCGACCAGGCCGGCAAGUACAUCUAUGAGCGUGCCGGCAAGAACGGCAAGCGUGUCCAGUCAAACAUGGGUGCCAAGAACCACGGUGUCGUCCUGGCCGAUGCCAACAAGGAGAACACCCUCAACCAGUUGGCCGGAGCCGCCUUCGGUGCUGCCGGACAGCGCUGCAUGGCCCUCUCCACCGCUGUCUUCGUGGGUGAUGCCCAGUCCUGGAUCCCCGAUCUGGUGGAGCGCGCCCAGAAGCUGAAGGUGAAUGCUGGACAUGUGCCCGGAACUGAUGUCGGUCCCGUCAUCAGUGCCGCAUCCCGGCAGCGCAUCAACGACCUGAUCGAGUCCGGUGUCAAGGAGGGUGCCAAGCUCGUCCUGGACGGCCGCAAGAUCACAGUGCCCGGCUACGAGGAGGGCUACUUCGUCGGUCCCACCAUCCUCAGCGAUGUCACCCCCAAGAUGAAGUGCUACACCGAGGAGAUCUUCGGCCCGGUGCUGGUCAUCCUCAAGGCCGACACCCUGGACGAUGCCAUCGAUAUUGUGAACGCCAAUCCCUACGGUAAUGGAACCGCUGUCUUCACCACCAACGGUGCCGCUGCCCGCAAGUUUGUCAACGAGAUCGAUGCCGGCCAGGUGGGCGUCAAUGUCCCCAUCCCAGUGCCCCUGCCCAUGUUCUCGUUCACCGGCACCCGCGGCUCCUUCCGCGGCGACCAUCACUUCUACGGCAAGCAGGGCAUCAAGUUCUACACCCAGACGAAGACGGUCACCCAGCUGUGGCGCGAGACGGACGUCACCCACACCCAGGCGGCCGUGGCCAUGCCCACGAUGAAGUAGGAUCCUGGCAGGGUCCUGCUGCCUGUUCCAUGUAUUGAAUUUCUGGAUAUAUUUUGCACAGGACGUAUUUAGAAGCUAGAUACAAUGAAAUUAUUGCAUUUAUUUUUGUGCCUGUUUAUAGAUUUAAGAUUAAGGAAACAAAUUAAUAAUAAAAGCUUGAAAGUGUAACGGA